AUGCGCUCAUUCUUCUUGGUGGUGGGCGCCCUUCCCCUCCUGGCUUCUGCCUGGUCAGAACACUCUCUCUUGACCCGGGCGACCGGAAACGCAACCGAAUGCGACACGGGCGACAAGGUGUGCGGUGUCUUCUGCAUCCCGAGUGACUAUACCUGCUGUCCCGAUCUCGAAGGUGGUUGCCCAUCGAAGUCAGUCUGCCAGAAAGGCGAUAACGGCGUGUACGGGUGUUGCCCGGUUGGGGACACCUGCACAGGCGAUGGCGGUGCAGAAUUCCUCGAUGGCGACGGUUCGGCCAGCAGCACUUCAACUAGCACCGCUGAUGCCUCAGUUGCAUCCAAGACGACUUCGGCCACCAACGCUGCCCAGCCUCUCGUUAUGGCUCAAGGAUUGACGGCUGCACUCGUCGCCGCCGGUGUUGCCGCUCUCCUAUGA